GAGAGAUAUGAAGAGAUGAAGAGUGUCAUGGCUGGCCCCAUGGAGACGUGCAGAGAGAAGCUGGGUAAAGGGAGUGAAAAUGUAACAAAUAUUGAAAAUGAAGACAGCAGCAUAGGUCCAAGAAACGCUGUGUGUGUAAUUCUCAACUCAUUCAUACAGUUUAGUACAAAGCUUAAUUUAGGAGCUGAUGUGCUGAAAAUUGAUGCCGAUCCAAGUAAGCUCCAGAGCCUGUCGACCCUUCAACCAGAAGAUUUAUACAGCUCGGUGCAGCAGCACAUAUUGAUUUUGCAGUCUGUUUCAGAAAAACUCAAGUUUAUGGUGAAAGAUAACACUGAAACAGGAAAAACAGAUGGCACCAGUGGCAAGUUAAACACAGAUAAAGGCCUUGCAGAUAACUCACAGUUAAAUGGGAGGAUGAAAGCAGGUCAAGAGGAGUCCAAGCUCCGUAUUGACGACAGUAUAGUCCAGAUCAAGGCUGGAAAUUCCGAAAUUGAUAGAAGGAUAGCAGCAUUCAUUGAAAGAAAGCAGGGAGAGAUCAAUGAAAAUAAUGUCAGAGAAUUCUGCAAUGUUAUAAGCUGUAAUCAAGAAAACAGCUGUGCCAGAACCGAUGCUGUGUUCACUCCUUACCCUGGAUUCAGAAGCCAUGUAAAAGUGACCAGAGUCAUAAACACAUACGGGCCUCAGACCAGACCAGACAGAGGGGGAGAACCUUGUGUGAAACCCAUCUCAGUCCCCAUAGACUGUGGGAGUCCAGCUAUUGAGGAAAGGCUUCAAAACAUAGAAGCUCAUUUAAAGUUAACAACAGGUGGACCAGUCCCUUUAAACAUUUAUCAGAGGCUUAAAAUUUUGGAGGAUAGAAUUCUGGAGCUAGAAGGACUUUCUCCAGAGUAUUUUCAAUCGGAUAGCUUUUUACAUAAAAGGCAGAAGGCUCAGCCAUCUCAGACCUACACCCUGACAGAGCUGGAUGGGAAGAUAAAUGCGCUCAAGACAACGCUAUUGAAGAAAGUAAAUGAGUCUCUGCCCAUGGAGACUGACGAGCUCCCCAUGUGAAGCCAUUUCCAAUUUGGAGACUGUAACCUUUUGCAGCUUGACUCCCCCACUUAAGCAAAAUAAUUCAAGACAAAUGCACAAUAAAAGAUUAUGAUUUUUUUCCCCAA